AUGGCUCGAGGCGCCUCGAUUCGGCGCCUCCGGCUGGCUCUGGUGCUCACGUGCCUCUUGCUCGCCGCCGUGGGUGGGCAAGUGGAUGGCGGCCAUGACAAGAGUGUGCAUGAGCGGCCGGAGGAUCUUGCUGAUAAGGAUGCUGGUUUUAUCGUUGAGAGCGAGACGGCACCUGAAAAGGCUGGGCCAGGAUCAAACGCGAUCCACGCCACGGUGGUCACGCCAUCAGAUGUCCCACCCGCACCCCAAGCUGAGCUUGGGUCGGCGCCUUCCCCAGCUUCGAUGCCCUCGCCGCCUACGGCUUCAGAUGUUGCAGAAGGCGUUGAUGAUCUGCCCAUCCAUGAGGUACCCACGCCCGAUGCAGCGGAGCCCAGCCAAGGCUCCGACGCAAGUCCAGACGACGGCGAGGUGUCACCCGAAGAAUCACCAAGUGCCCAAGUGGAUGAGAGCCUGACAUUCGACGAGUGGAAGCAGCUCAUCAAUGAAGAUGAAGAAAUAAUCGAAGCAGCAAAAGCCUCAGCCAUCCUCAAACCUGUCAAAGAUACCUACCUCAUUGCACCUUGCGAAGCUGAUAUUGAGCUGACCAUAGAGCUUUGUGAGCACAUUAUCGUGCAGCAGGUCAAGUUGGCCAACUAUGAAAUGUUCUCCUCCAUGAUCAAAACCCUCGCGCUCUACGUUGCGGAGCGAUCUUCACCAGAGAACUGGCAUAAAGUUGCCGAGCUACAGUUGGCCGAUGUUCGUGAUCUGCAAACGUUUGCCAUUGACGACGUGACCAUAUUUGCAAAAUUUCUCAAACUCGAGGCCAUUGAUCAUUAUGGCAACGAGUUCUACUGCCCCAUCAAGUACGAGACCGCCCAAUCUCCUUAUUGCGCUGUUUUUUUCAAAGGCGGCCAAAUUGUUCUGCAAGUCUUUGGCGUUACCAUGCUUGAGGAGUUUGAAUACAUGGUGGGCGACCCAGACUCGGGCAUCGAACCUGCUCAACCAAGCGUGGCCAUCAAUGCAGCGGCCUCCCAUACACCUACCAAUGAAGAAGCAUCGACAGAGGACAACACGGGAGGAGCGUCUGCCACUGGGGAUGCCGUCAACAAAAUUGGUCAAUUCGUGGCCAAAGCCCUGAACGUGGGCCACAUGCUGUGGGGCGAAAAGCCAAACCGACCGGCCGCUUCAGCGCCACCGGCGCUAGCUGCCGCUCCUGCUUUGUCUCAGAUGAUGCAAAACCACACGCUCGACGCAUCGCUUAAUGACCCACAGCAACACUUUCUCUGGCCCAUCUGUUCUCCACGCGCCAACGAGACAUUGCCCCCCAUUCUAGACUCGGCACUGGCUGGUGCAGAGACGGCGGACAAUUCCGAAGCGCAACAGACUCACCACGAGGCCGAGCAAGGUGGGGCAGGCAUGGCGGACAUGGAUGGGAUGGAGGCUGGCGAGAGGUGUGAGGGUGCUUGUGAUGGUCCGAGAGCAGACAGCGCCCACCCUGCGGGUGCCCCUGCACGCCAAGCCGCUGCUGAUAGCUCGGAUACCGCCGAGUCUAACAAAGAGGAUGCCAGCACCAAGCCACAAGAGCAGGUUGCUCCUGCUGAUGACACUCAUGUUUCGACUCAAGUGCCCACUGCCCCCACUGACUCGGCUGCUCCCACACUGGGAUCCGGGGGGGCUGAACUGAUGCCUGCAGGGCACGCUGAAGAAACAGGCACACCGGUGUCGGCUUCCAAUCCGGAAGCUCAGCCACUACAUCACGAGGGUGACUCCAAAGACACACCAGGCUCAGUUGAUGAUCAUCGGGCUUCACCUGAGGGGGUCAUCAGGGCCACUUUGGCGCACGUCGAGGCUGAACAAGCUGCCAUAAAGAAUGCAACUUCUGCCGAAGCAGCCCCUACUCCUGCCUCUGCCCCUGCUCCUGCUCCUGCUCCUGCCCCUACUCCUGCUCCUGCCUCGGCUCCUGCCCCUGCUCCCACUCCUACCCCAGCGUCUUCAGCUGCGGGGCGCUCAAGUGAGGGUCAUGAGAAGAACAACACCCAAACAGGUGCACCAGCCAACAAAGCCGGGCAUGGCAAGUUGAACAGUGCCGGUAAGGCUGGUGCCAACAAGGCUGGUGGUGGAGUUGACGAGCAUGGGCCGCACGCGCAGCCACAGCUCAAGGCCACGAGUUUGAGCGUGAAAGGCUCUGCGCUGGCUCAGCUGCGCACCAUGAUCAACGCCGUGGAGAAGAAUUUGACCAUGUCCAGCACAUAUUUGAACAAGCUGUCACAAAAAGCGUUGGCGCUCGACAAAAACGUGUCACAGAUGAAUCAGACCUUGCAUGCCGAGUUGCAGACGCUCACGGGAGCGGUACAGAACCUGCAUGCGCAGGUCGAGACGCUCGUCAAAGUCAGCGAGCGCUUGGUCGGAGUCAAUUACCAUACCACCUUUUUCUACUGGAUGUGGCCCAACUUUUUGGUUCUUCUGGUUCAGAUAGGAGUCGCAUUGCUGUUCUACUGGACUUUACGACGCGGCAAUACCGUGCUUCUGGGGCUCCAGCAACAGCAACAACAAGCCUUGGGCGUUGAUGGCCGCGCACCGCCCUGGGCCAAUGUAACAUUUCCAGAUGUCUCGCUACUGCCUGAGCCCGUACCCUUUUCUCCUGAUCGGCGUGGCAGCGGGGAGGCAGAACCGAGACGGGGCCGCGCCCCGCAAAAUGCGCUCUACAGUACACCCGGGCGGGGGGUCAUGUCGCCGCUGAGCGGCCGUUCGCGGUCUGGAUCCCCUUUGCCCUCACCCUCACUAGCACCACGCCGACGUUCCUUCCUGACUGGUGGUGCCCAUGAGACAUGA